AUGGCGCCCGAUCUGGCCUCCGGGCCCCGCCGCCUUCCCGAGCUUCCUCCUUCCCCGCCACCGCCGCCGCCGCCUCAGCGCACUUCCGCAGCCGCACUUUCGCCACAGCGCCGCGGCCUCCCUGGGAGGCCCGGGGCGGGUGGGCGCGCCCUCGCGGGGCCGGGGACGCGCGCGGGCUCUCGGCUGCGGCCCCCAGGGGUCUGGAGGCAGCUCCGGUGGAGGAGGGGCGGAGGGGGAGGCUCCCCGAGUGAUUUCAAAUUUCCCUCGUCCCCUCCACCGCUCCCCCCUCGCCGGCGGCCGAGCGCUGAGUGGCUGCGGCGGGGGCGCCCCCGGGCGGGGGCGGGGCGAGGGCCGGGCCGGGGUUACAAGGGGAAUCAGUACCGCCCCCUCCACACCCACUCCCUCUGCCCUGUUCUGCGCGGUGGUUUCCUCGCCGCCGCGGUGCUCUUGGCCCGGCCGCCGCAGCCCGCGUGGACGCCCGGAGCGCCCCCCGACGGACGGCACCAGCCCACUGACGCGCGGGCGAGCGGGCAGGCGCGCCCGGCCGGCAGCGCAAGAGUUAAGCGGCCCAAGUAA